AAUCGACAUAUACACCAUACGCCAUGAAGGACCUCACCACAGAGAACAUCACAGAGAAUGUUCAUGCCAUCAACAAACAGUGCACGAAUCCCAGGACUAGAUACAUAUUCGAACGUCUAGUAUCUCACUUGCAUGACUUUGCAAGAGAAACCCGGCUCUCGACGGACGAAUGGAUGACCGGACUGGACUUUCUCACAGAUGUUGGCCAAAUCAGCACCGACUUGAGAAGAGAGAUGAUCUUACUAUCGGACACCCUAGGAUUAAGUGCUCUAGUUGACUCAAUCGACCACCCACGCACAGGAAGAUCGACAGAGGGAACUGUGCUAGGGCCCNUCCAUACUCACGAUGCACGAGAGGUGGAAAAUGGUUAUGCGAUCCACAAAGAUCCCGAUGGCACACCUCUGUUGGUCCUCUGCACCAUCAAAGAUACUGAGGGCAACCCACUGGAAGGUGUUCAGAUCGACGUCUGGGAGGGUGAUUCGCAUGGAAAUUACGACGUGCAAUAUCCAGACAGAGAUGGUCCAGACGGUAGAGGUAUUUUGUUCUCCAAGCAGGAUGGAACUUUCUGGUUCAAGGCUGUGAAGCCUGUAUCCUAUCCUAUCCCUAUGGAUGGACCUGUGUUCAGCAUGCUUCAAAUGUUGGGUAGGCAUCCAAACAGACCAGGCCAUGUUCAUUUCCUGUUAAAGAAAGACAGCUUCGACCCUCUGAUCACACGUGUAGUGNCUUUGUAUCCUCGUGGAGACCCAUAUGAGUCUUCUGAUCCUGUGUUCGGCGUCAAAGAUUCUCUGAUCGUUGAUCUUUCGACAGUGACAGACCCGGAAAUGGCCAAGAAAUACGAGGUUGAGGAGGGAACAGCUCUCUUGACUUACGACUUCGUGCUGGUGACGGUGGAGGAAACCUUGAAGCUGCGCAAGGAAAAGGCUGAAGAGGCGAUCAAGAAGAUGGGGAGAAGCAUGGAAGACUUCCAAGGUCUGCCCAUAUUGGACGUCGAC